GGAAAGCAUAAAAUAGAAUCAAGCAAAAGAUUUAGUUGGGACUUGGGAUACGAAGAAGAGGAAGUAAGUGUAGUAAAGAAAAACCAAAUUAGCUCUUCUUUCUAUGAGAGAAGAGAAGAAAUAGUUUCAUUUGUAAAAGCAAAAAACAAAGUGAAGAAGAAGAAAACGGAAAUGCCUCCUCAGUUCUUCAAGAUUAUCUUAUCUCCUCAUGCCUCCAAAUUAAAUAUCCCCGAUGAAUUUGUAAUCAAGUAUGGAGCCGAUCUGCGUGAUGUUGUGUUCCUUGAGGUCCCUACUGGAGCCAUCUGGAAAGUUGAAUUAUUGCAAAACUCAAAUGGAACCAAAUACCUCAACAAUGGAUGGAACCAAUUUAAGGAAUAUUAUUCCAUUGCUAUUGGUUACUUUUUACUCUUUCAAUAUAAUGGAAACUCUCAUUUCUCUGUUUGCAUAUUUGAUUUAAGUGCUUCUGAGAUUGAAUAUCUUUCUGGACCAAAUGAACAUGAACCUCCAGUAUCCCGCCCUAAUUGUCUAGCAGAAAGGCACAGAGAGAAACCAGAUGUGGGGGAGGAUUUGACCUAUGCAACACAAAAACGUAAAAAGAGUAAAAGAAAUGGGCACUCCAAUGAAGUAGUGGAUCCGUCAACAUCGAAGGUGACAACCACGAAUCAGCACAGAACUGUAGAUUGUCGAUAUCCACUACGAAGUAAGCAACGGAAAGAUGUAAAGAUUGAAAAAGGAGAUGUGGAAGAAGGGCAUUGCAAUGAAGCACUGGAUCCCUCAACAUCGAAGGUGCACUCUAAAAAGAGAACUGCUGCCAGUUUGGAUGCAUCAAAUUGUCGGUAUCCACUACGAAGUAAGCAACUGAAAGAGGUGAAGGUUGUAAAAGGAGAUGUGGAAGACCACUGUAACAAAAUACACUUAGUGGCGGAUCCCUCAGCAACUAAGAUGACAACCACUGUCCGACAUCAUGAAAAGAAAACUAGUGCCAGUUUUGAUACGUCACAUUGUAGGUAUCCACUGCGAAACAAGCAACUGAAAGAGGUGAAGCCUGGAAAAACAAACGCAGAAAAGGAUUUGCUUUAUGUAGCACAAAAAGCAAAAAGAAAGAAGGCUAAUAAUGUGAAGCUUGAGAAAGGAGAUGCGGAAGAGCGCAGCAAAGUAGGGGAUCCCUCAGCAUCUACUACCACUAAUCAACAUAAUGAAAAGAAAACUACUACCAGUUUGGACGCAUCACAUUGCAGGUGUCCACUACGAAGUAAGCAACACAAAGAGGUGAAGCUUGAACAGUGGGAAGCAGGAGGGAACAUGCAUAACAAAACACCGGUAGCAGAUUCUCCAUAUUGUAGAAGUCAAAACCCCAGCCUUCCAGCAUCCUCUCCAAGUUGUCAGCCAGUCCGGGUGAAGCUUGAAAAACCAGAUAAUCUGUUUUGUGCAGCAGAAAAAGUAAAAGGGAGGGAGACCAACAAUGUGAAGCUUGACACAGGAGACUUGGAAGGGAAUUUGGUUGCUGCAUCUUAUAAAGGAAAAUAUUCCACAGCCUCUGAGAUGACAGUACUUGGCAAGAAAAAGAUGUUACCCUCGGAGACGCAGAAUCGGGAUAUGUACUUCAAUCCACACUUCACUGUUUCUAUGCUGCCUGCUUAUGUCUCCAGAAACUUCCAAUUGGAAAUACCUGCUGACUUUUUCAAGAAACGUGUGAAUGAAGAGGAAACCAUUGUAAAUCUACGAGUUUCUAAUGGGAGAAGUUGGCGUGCAAAGUUGUUUGAUAUUCAAUCAAAUUGUCCAAAGAUGGAAUCAUCAGGUUGGAGGGACUUUGUGAUCGACAACAAUUUAAAAGAGCAUGAUACUUGUGUCUUUGAGCUGAAUGACGGCAUUGAGCCAAUGCUACUGGAUGUGACAAUUUUCCGAGCCACAACUCCCGUUUCCUGAAAGAUAGUCAAGUCACCCAUUUUGCAAGCACUUAAGCUUUCUAUCCAUCUUGUGUAUUUUGGUGCCCUCUCCUUAUAUUUGCUACUAUUUCCUAAACGUUGUACUAACAACUGUUUAAAACUUUCCUUUUCACCUCCAGCAUAUAUGUUUACUUGUUAUUUUUUGGUUUCAUGCUGCUUUGUACUAAUUUAGAGAGCAAGUUGAAAUAUUAGUAGAAAUUAGGGUUGUCCAAA